AGAUGUAAAUCUUUCAUCUUUUCUUGUAUGAUGUUGAUGACAAUAUUUCCAGACAUUUAAAAGCGACAAAGUUAACAACUUGUUUCAGUCAACACCGAAAUAAAAUGUCAGAAUGUUUUUUCAAGCUAAAGAAGCAAAACCUAAACGUUUAUUUUGAAAAUGUUCAAACCGGAACGUUCAAGGUCGCUGCGUGCUGCUGCUAGCUUAAAUCUGCACACCAACAAAUGCAACAUCUAGCCAUUAGUUUAACCUGAAUUUUAUUACUGCGGAUAAUUUGUACUUACAGUUAGAUUGAGCAAAGUGAACUAAGAUGUUUGUUUGCGAACAGCUCAGUUAAAUAAUUACGCACUCAAACUUGGGCUUCUUUUGAAAGUUGAUGACGGUGUAACGGGAAUUUAUGUUUACCGGAUGUAAGAUGUUCUAAGAUGCCUUCUUUUGACUUAAUGGACAAAGUGGAACUUUUUGUGCGGAAGGGAACUUUUCCUGCAGGUGCAUCAAAGAGUUCAAUGAAAGUGACCCGAGCUGCCAGUAAACACUUUCUCUAUAAAGACGGCUGUCUGUGGCGUUCUUAUCGAGGCCGCCUCCUCCGAGUUGUCAGGAACGAUGAGGAAGUGAGGGAGAUUCUGACCCGUUACCAUGACAACAACAAUCAUGCUGGCAGGGCCCGGGCAGUAAAGGAGAUAAUGAUGAUGUACUACUGGGUUGGAGUGACGGAGGCGGUGAAGACCUGGAUCAAAGCUUGCGUCGUUUGUCAGAGCCGAACUCCUGCCCAACCGCCCGAGCUGCCUGUCCGCUUCUGCCUGGCCUAUGGCUGCGAUGCCUCCAGCUACGUUUACCCUGAGCUCAGCUUCCACAGGUUCCCAAAAGAUGCUGAGCGACGGCGAAGGUGGCUGACGGUGGCUCAGAGGGAUGAGGGAUCGCUGCGAUCAAACUCCUACCUCUGCUCGAGACACUUCGAAGCGUCCAGCUUCUCAGUGAGCGAGGAGGGUCAGCUGACUCUAUCGCCAGAGGCGGUGCCCACCAUCGUCCCUGUGACAGUGCAGCAGGACGAGGUUGCUGUUCCUUCAGAUGAGGACGUCCUCCAGUCCAACUCCUUGGAAGACUUCCUGUCCACAGCUGCUGAUCACUCUGAAACACCCGUGGAGCUGCAGGAACACCAGUACUGCCUCCAGGCUCCUGACCAGGACUCCAUGGUGGUCCAGACAGUGAGGGAGCACAAGAGGAGGAGGACCAUCAUAGAGCCGGGCUUCUCUGUUUACAGCCAGAUCGCCAGGUAUUUGAGUCACAGGGUCUUACCUGUGGAAAGCAAGAGAAGCAGAUUUGCUUUGAAAAGGAUGGCCAAGCGUUUUGGCCUAAUAGACGGGGUGCUGAUGUACACUCGAGUCUCGCCUCCUGUCAGAGUACCGCGAAGCAGAGAGGAGGUAAACUCCAUCUUGAAGCAGUUCCAUGACGACCAGGGUCACUGUGGCCAGGCACUCUGCCAGCGAGAGAUCACAAAGCAGUUCUACUGGGCCAGCAUGACCCGAGACCUGGCCUGCUGGAUCUCCAGCUGCAACACCUGCCUCAACAGAACCAAGAGGAAGUGGCUCCGCUGCAGCGUCUCCAACUGCACCAACUGCUGUGGGCCGGUGGAGCGAGGCCUGGGCCUCACCUUCCACAAGUUUCCGCUUCACAACGCGGCCCUGCUGACUCGCUGGCUGAAGGCUGUCGGUCGUCCUAACUGGCAUCCUCGUCUCCGGUCGUCUGUUUGUUCGACACAUUUCACAGAGGACUGCUUCGACCGCAGCGGGGAGAAGGUCGCCCUCCAUGCAGACGCCGUGCCCACACCCAUGGUCCACAGCGACUCAGGCAGUCCGUCCAGACGUCCGGCCCAGCCUGCCCUGGGGGAGGAGGCCUUUUUUGCUAAGUACGACGCUGUGGAGCUCUACCUGAGCACUCGCACCUAUCCUCCUGGACUGAGCUACGUAGAGAAGAACACCUUCAGGAGGUUCUGCAAGGCGUUUGUCAUCAAAGACGAUGAGCUCCACAUGGUGCGAGGAGGAGAUCGGGCACGUUUGGUUCUGAGGAGCAGACAGCAAGUUGAAGCCGUCCUGGAGGAUUAUCACAACGAACUGAACCACCUCGAUGCCAACAAGUGUCUCAGACUGCUCAAAGACAGGUACUUCUGGAAAACCAUGAGGUCUGAUGUGCUGCAGUGGAUCCACAGCUGCUCAGAGUGCAGCAGCAAGAAAAGGAAAAAUCCAGAAACAGAACCAGGAGGACCAGAAUCCCUUCUGGAGGUGCUGAGUCCACCACAGAGUCGUGACGAUGAAGUCAGGUGUGUGCGAGACAAACUUAGAGCUGCGCUUCAGCCAGCGAGCAGGACAGAAGGAGCUAAAAGUCGUCAGAGAGGACAGGAUGAUGGUGAUCCUGAUGGUGAUGAAGAGAGGCAGUCGGCAACAGGUUCAGAGGAGAAACCUUUGUCCUCCCAGCUUGUGACUCCCAUCAGCCCUCAGCCCAGAAUUCCCAUCCUUCUUCAUCUAAGAACUCCCAUCAACCUCCAGCCAAGGACUCCUAACGCCCCCUUUGUUGUCAGACUGUUGUCUGUCAGUAGAGCGACCCCUCAACAGUCUGAAAUCCAGAAGGGGACAGAUGGCUCUGACAUUCAGCCUGAGAGCCAAAGCAGCCUCAUGGUUCAGGUAGAAGCUCAGCCAGAGGAGCAGACACAACCUCAGGACCAGAAAAAGACUAGUGGCUCUCAGGGUGGCACCAGAACACCUUGCUGUGGCAUAUCCAAACCCCUCACAGAGUCUUGUCCUCCACCUGAGCCCCCAGUGAAACCUUCACCAGUUGCAAUCAAGAAAAUGGAACCUUCAAGUCAAAACAGAGGACUUAAGACCAGGUCCCAGUCCGAAGCGAAGAGACAAACCCACAUCCAGCACCCGGAGCGGAGAAAGGCAGACCUGGAGGCGGGCUCAUUGACGCAGAGGAGCUCCGGCUGUGGUCUGGAGCCUGUGGUGGCCCAGAGCACCAAACCCUGGCCCGUCUUCACCAUAGGCGACUCUGACCAGGCACAGACAGCCAGACGUCCUUCUGAGGGGGACAAGCCUGCCCCCUUUCAGAGGCUCAGGAGUCUGCAGGCCCGGAUGGUCAUCCAGCAGUGCAGUCAGGCAAAGGUUAAGACCAAACCAGCCAUGGAUGGAGCGGACGCUCAGUGGGCGGAGAUCCAGGAGGGAAUCGUGGUUUAUGUGUGCUUCUUCCACGGAGCCGCUGAGGACGUCACCCAUGAGAUGGCCAGCAGACUGAUGACAGUCAAACUUUUCCGAAGAGAAAAUGGGCGUGCAGUUUCUGUUCUUGACCUUCCCGGGAGCGUUUUGUUGAUUCCCCAGGACUCCCUAGCGGGGGAGGUGGUGCCCAAGGGAAGGAUUCAGUACAAGGGGAGGUGUGAGCGGUGGAGGGGAGCCCAGCUCUUUUCACACCUGGUGUCCGCCUGCAGAGAGCUCAUGUCCUGCUCGGUGAAGUGCACAGAGGCAGGCGUGAAGGUGGAGCGGGGAGUCUACAGACCACAACAAGAGAUCCACCUGAACUCUUUAGAACCGCUGACACUCCUGCUGGAGUGCUGAGCUCCACUCAGGAAGACUAAAAGCAAAUUAUCCCGAUGGUGAAGAAAACAGCGACAACUGAAAGAGUUUUACAGAAGGAAAACAACAGGAUUUCUGUCUCUUUGUAUGUAUUUGCUGUGAUGUAAAUCUGUGAUUUAUGUGUCUCGGUUGGUCAGUCCCACUCUGUCUCGUUCUUCUCUCAGAAGGUCGAAGCAAAGCCAAACUUUGCUUAUGAUGUUAGUGACCAGCAGGAAACGUCAGACGGUCACCUGAGCUCUGGUUGUGGUCAUGUGUCAGAGCCACCACUCGUUAACUGCACCUGAUUACCUAAUGGGUUCCUGUUUCCUGUGGCGAAGACAUCGUGGUUUGGGCUAAAAGGGCUCGGAAAGCACCGGAGCUCUGUGGCUCAGAGGGAGAAGAUAAAUCAGGCUUUGAUACACAAAUGAUCACUUUGUACACACUGCUGUGUGAAAAAACUGCUCAUACUGUUUAUAAUGUACAGUUCAGAUAAGAAAAAUCUGAUUAAAAAACUGUUGUUACAAAAUAGGACUCUGUGCAUCACAGUCUUUGCCUUCCCAGAGAGGAUUUCACAUCACACAA